AAGGUCGUUCUCACUUAUUUGACUCGGAUUUUAACUGCUAAAAAGAAUACCAAAACUACGUUAAACUAAAGAAGCGAGUGAGCUGCAGCAGCUAGAAAAACUCUCUCCUGAAAACCUUUUGUUUGGCUUUUGCAGAAAAAAAUAGUUAGGAGGCCGUGGUGUUGUGUGGUUUCGUUCUUUUGCCGAUUGAAAAUACUUGGCUCUGUGUUUUGAUCUCUCUGCUUGAGUAAAGGUGCAUCGACACUUAUUGUUUCUCCUCAGUGCGGCGGAGGUUCUGGUAAGGGCGUUCUUCGGCUCUGCAUUUCAUAAGCUGACUUUGAGUUCAUUCCAUCUAUGUGAACAUUGAGUGUCUGCAGCUGUGAAAGGACACCAGGACCUGCCUCAGUGCAACCUUUUCGCGGAAAGUUGAAACAAAUAUAUUGCUAUAGUAUCUGAAUCAGUUAGCACCAACCGAGAUGCAGCUGGAGUAGCAACCUAUUCAGUCUAUGGAAUACUUUUCAGAGCUCGGAAAGGAUUCUGGAGACCAACCAUCAACUAGUACUUCUGAUAAGACUAAAUUGCCCCAAGCAAACCGAAAGACAUAUCUCCCAGACCGGGUCAAACUGGAAAGGUGUACUGUGUCAUAUGCUGAUCUCCAUCAAGAAAUUACAAAAGGUGUGAAAGAUUUCUCUUAUAGAUCUGCAGGAAACUGCCAAAAGCAACUGAUUGAUAGAAAGGGAAACGAAGAAGAUGAGCUUGUUAAGUACAUGUCAAGCUUACCAAGUUAUCUGGAGAGAGGAAAAAAUCCCCAGGAGAAAGUUUUAAAUGUUGGUGUCCUUGACUGGGAUCAUCUAGAAAAAUGGCACUGCAGCCAUAAACAGAUGCCGCACAGGGUUGGCAGGUCUUCAAUAUCCAGUAGUAGUGUUUCCUCAUCCUUCUCAACUGAUGCGUCUUCUUUCCUUUCUAGCAGUGGUUACAUCUCUUCUCCUCCUGGUCAAAAGACACAACAUUCGUCAUUGCAGUUUCAUCCGAUGCCAUUACCCAUGGAAGGCUAUUCUCAAGCAGUCAAAUCUUUUGGUGAAAGUGUUCAAAGGUUUCCUGAUAUCAAGGAUGCCCAGGGUAAUAACUUAAAUGAGCAGGGAAAGUUUAUCAGAACAGACAAGCCUUUUGGCAAAAACAAUGAGGAUAUCCUAGAAGUGUGUAAGGAAAAAGAUUUGGAUCCAAAGAUUGAUCAAGAAAGUGGAACUUUGGCAAAUGGGGUGAAAUACGAAGUAGCAUCAUCUAAAAAAGUAAAAAUGAAGGCUCAAGAUGGUCAGUUUAUGAAGAAAGCAGAGAAGCUGCAAGAAAGAAAUCCUGAUGUUGUUGAAAAAGAUGUUCUUGGAAAACACAAGCCCAUUGUUCUCCUCCUGCCAAGAGGUUGCCCCAAAAACGAUCUUUCUGGAGUAUCCAAUCUUUCCAGUAUGACAACAAUGUUAGGUCAAAGACGAGCAGAAGAUAGACCAAGGAGCCUUUCUGAAAGACCUAAGGAUGCUGAACUUGUUUCUGAUUUCCCACAUUCUAGUCCACUGCCUCAAAAAGUUGGUGUCAGCAAAAACUUACUGAUGAAACGGCCGAGCACCACAGAUUCAGAGAUUGACAAGUUUUCAACUGGAAGAUCUCACCAGGCACCAUCAUCUGCAGAAACAGGUUUCUCCCUGGCACAAAAUCUGGAAGGCAGGAAAUCAACUGUAACAAUCAACAAGAGCACCUCGAAUGUUCUUUCUGUAGGAUUGGAUAUAAAAUUGAAUAAGGUAGCACCUGAAAAAGUGAGAAGCACCUCACCUUUUUGUCGCUUGAGCUUUAGUAUGAGUAAGAUAAGCAAAAAUUCCGGCUCUAAGGAGGCUUCUGCUUUACAUAAGCCGAAUUCUACAUAUGUUUCUGCCCAUUCUAGUUCAGAGAAUGCCGUUGUUUCCUCUCACCUUGAUACUUCAUGUAGUGGAAAAAUUAAUUCCACAAACAGAGCCAGUUCAAGCCCAUUGAGAAGGUUACUAGAUCCAAUACUGAAGCCCAAGGCAGCUAACUGUCGUAAUGUUGCGGACCCAUUACAAAAAGACUUAACAUCUAAAGAAAAGGCUUCUAAAUAUUCUGAUGAACAACCAUGUUCUUCUUCUGCGGCAGCUCAGUCAAGAAGAGUUAAAGCCAAUGUGGCCGGACGCAGAAAAAUCACUGUUAAUGAUUCAUUACAGGAGAAGCAGCAUGGAUCACGGGCUCUUCAAGCUCUUUUGCGUGUUACAGUCAAGAGUGGCCAGCCUAUGUUUACAUUUGCUGUUGAUAAUGAAUGUGAUAUUCUUGCAGCUACAAUGAAGAAGUCGAGUGCUUCAGGAAAGGAGGAUUACAGUUGCUGCUACACAUUCUUCACCUUCCAAGAAGUGAAAAAGAAAAAAGGGAGGUGGCUUAAUCAGGGAGGCAAGGGCCAAAGUCAUGACUUCAUCCCUAGUGUUGUUGCCCGGAUGAAUGUUUGUGAAUCUCAUUUUUCUAAGUUGACUAGAGAGAACGAUAUGAAUCAGUUUAGUGUGAGAGAAUUUGUUCUAUCCUCAGUGGAACUUAGACAGACUGAUCAGCAAACCUCAGAUUUUGAGCCAAAUGACGAGCUUGCUGCCAUGGUUGUCAAAAUCCCAUUAAAAAUCAGUAGAAGUUUACUCAGAAAUGGGUAUCAAGGCACUAUGCAGAAAGAUCUUCCUGAAGUGGGAUUUAAAGAGUAUUUGCCAGGAGUUACACUUGAUUCUGAUUCUGGGAAAAAAGUUCAGAAUUGGCCUUUUAUAGGUGGCCAAGAAAUUAGUGCCACGGUCAUACUUCCAAGUGGUGUUCAUACAUUACCACGAAAAGGAGAGCCUUCAUCACUGAUCCAACGCUGGAAAACUGGUGGAUCAUGUGAUUGUGGAGGUUGGGAUCUGGGUUGCAAACUUAUGAUUCUUGCUAAUUGGAAUCAAUUCAUUAAGAAAGCAGGUUCAUCUAAUGCUUGUUCCUCAGCACAUCAAUUUGAGCUAUUCUCUGAGGGAGGACAAGAAAAGCAGCCCUUUUUCAUCUUGGCCCCAUGUAAGGAAGGUAUUUCAGUCGAAUUCAAUUCAUCAGUGACAGUUUUACAAGCAUUCUCCAUUUGUAUAGCGAUUUUAGACAGUAGAAAACAGUGUGAGUCUUCUGAAUCAAGGAACAUUUUUGAACAAAAAACAUGUGGAGAAACUGUCUUAGUACAAAAUGAUGGAACAACGGUUUCUGCUCAGAACGAGGGAGAGGUUCCUGCAAGAUAUAUCUCAUAUCCACCUCAUUCUCCAGUGGGACGGGUCUAGUUCAACUCUCUCAUGAAAAAGUCAUCUUGUAAUUACAGGCAUUGAGGUACAGAUAUCUUUUCCAAUAUCAGUUGCUGCCUGAGCAGAUGAUGAAACUCGUAUAAAAUUAAAUCUUUGAUGAACUGCGGUGAAUAUACACGCGAGUUCCUCAAGUCAACUACAACAGUAGGAAAAGAUAAAGCAUAAAGCUUGGGAUAGCCUUGCCAGCUGACUGAAGAGUAUUUAGGGUACUAAGCUCUCAGUAAUUGUACUGAUUGAGAGCAUUGCCCGAACCCAGUCCUUUCACCUGAGAAUUCCACGAUUCUUCCACUCAAGCCAACCCGGUUCACCUACUUUUUCUUUUGAGUUGAACUAAGUUGUAUCUCUCUCUAUAUUGCUGUCAUCCUUGGUUGCAUUGUUGAACUGAUAUCAUAUGGAAGGAUUUGAUUUUGAUUUCAA